AGGCUCCACACAGAGCCAGCCGUUUCCCCAGCUGUCACCCCUUCCUCACACCCCAGGCUGUCACUUGAUUUUCCUAAAAAUCUCCCCCUUGCCCGUGAAGUCGUCAGGUUGUCUCUUUUGUCCUUGGGCGACGGCACUAGCGCCUCUCCCAACCACCCUCCUGCGCUGAACCUUGAAUUGAUACAGUGGGUGUGACUCUCAGGAAGUUGCUCAUUAUUUGCCAUUAGUGCCUCGGAGUGCGUGCCUUCCCAUUAUCCCAUAUCUUUCCAUAUUCAUACUUCUUCCUUCUCUCACUUCUCCCUCCCUUUCCCCUUCCUCCUUUCUUCCCUCUCUCCCGGGGAACUGGUUCAACCAGAGUACAACCUGGUCAUCUACCUCUAGCGCUGGAGCAGCUGCAGGAGCUGGGACGUGCUGAGCAGCAGCGGAGCUGAGGCUAGGAAGGCCAGGCUGGCGCACUGCGGGGCGCCGAGGACGAGCAGUCAGCCCGGCCUCCUCCCGGAGGCCCAUGCGGGGCCGGUACAGCCCGCUGUUCGUUCAUGAGGCCGCCGUGGUGCGGGAGGAGGACCCACGGCAUCCCGCUGGGGCUGCUCGCGCUCUGGGUGGCCGCCGCCCGCUGUCUGCAGAGUCAUGGGGUGUCACUGUACAUCCCCCGGUCAGCCAUCAAUGCCACGGUCCAGGAAGACAUCCUGCUCUCGGUGGAGUACUCCUGCCAUGGAGUGCCCACAAUCGAAUGGAAGUACACAUCAAACUGGGGUGAGCAGAAGAUCGUGGAGUGGAAGCCGGGGACCCCAGCCAAUGUCUCCCAAAGCCACACAGACAGAGUCUGCACCUUCGACAAUGGUUCCAUCCAGCUCUUUGGUGUGGGCGUGAGGGACUCUGGCUACUACAUCAUCACUGUCACGGAGCACCUGGGGAGCAGACAGUUCGGCACGAUCAUGCUGCAUGUGUCUGAGAUUCGCUAUGAAGACCUCCACUUUGUCGCUGUCUUCUUUGCUCUGCUGGCCGCUGUGGCUGUGGUGCUCAUCAGCUUCAUGUGGGUCUGCAACCAGUGUGUGCACAAAUUCCAGAGGAAGAGGAGACACAAGCUCAGAGGUGACGCUCGAGGCCUUGCGAUGAUCCCUUCAUAGGGGACACGAACACAGAGAAAGCACCACCGAGGAGCUUGAAAUGAAAGAUGUUGAGUGUUAGCCAAGACUGUGCCCAAUUACACUGCUACCUCAAGAGAAAAACAGUAUUUUCCAGUUGGAGGAACAGACCGAGGCAAUCCUCGCCGCAGCCUCUGGCCAUCCUUUUCCGACAGAGACAGCUGCAAGAUCAGAGAGCUGUUGGGGGAGCCUGAGACGAUGACACACUAUAGGAAGCCGCUCUAGGACUUGCACGUAGGAACACACCAACUGAGGCUUUAGGCCGGGAACUUUUCUCAAUUGCAGCUUCAGGGCCACGCUGAUCCUUAACCAAUGACACCGGCAGGCACCAGAAGCUGCUUGCAGUACUGGCUCUGAUCCCAUGCUGGCCUGCUGGAGGAGUCCCUGUCCCCAGGGCCAGAGUGUCUGCAGAGAGGGUCAUUGCAGCCAGCGUUGGGACGUGCUCUCUGUGUCUGCCCACAAACUGCUGCAGCCUCCGUCUCCAUCCCCCGUUGCAUACACACGACUGUGCAGACAGUGAGCAAGCCUGAGGCUCUGAGCUCGUGAGGUCGAGUGCUGCAUCUCAGGGAGCCGAACUGAGUACACCAGGGAAGCAGAAAAUGGCGUUCCCAUCCUCCCUCACACAAAAUUAACCAGGUGGCCUAACCUUGGGUUUAGUGUGAGGAACGUGUGACUUGUGUUGACCAAGGCAGCUCGAUGGGCGGUACAACAGGAAACUACUGUAAGGUCAGGCUUCCUUCAGUUUCAUCCUAUCCAGUCACCACCGCUCGGCCUCCAGUCAGAUCCUGGGCUGCCGAUGUGGCCACGCCUACCUCACAGGGCAUGAGGAGAAGCCACCAUUAGGCUACGUGUCUCAGAGCGAUUAAGAAAAGCAUGAGAGGGCUGGAGAGAUGGCUCAGUGGUUAAGAGUAUUGCCUGCUCUUCCAA